AAUAAAAUGUCUAAUAGUAAGGGUGUAUACAAAAAUGUGCCAAAAUCGGAAAAAAAAUACGAUCCCCCCGAAUAUGAAGCGCCACGGGGCUUUGGGGCACGUCACAUGCAAGUACUCAUCCUCUUCAUCAGCCUCUCCGUCGGUUUUACUAUCAAGUCGCAUCUCAGUGUUGCGAUGGUUGCCAUGACUUCUCAUGAACAUACCUGUAUAAAAAAUAUAAGUAGUGGGAAUGAGACCAACGGAUUUAAUGCAACGAGUGUUGGAUGUGACAGGGAGAAAAAUUGGAGUGUUUUUCAGACUUACGAUUGGAAUAAAAAGCAGCAGGAAAUGACUCUCUUCGCAUUCUUUGUCGGUUACACAACAAUGAUGUUGCCAAUGGGUAUCUUGGCCCAGAAGUUCGGCGGCAAGAUUCCCAUCAUGGUCGGCCUGGCUGUGAAUGGUGUCACCUCCAUAAUCACACCCUGGAUUCCCCAUUUUGCAGGAUGGAUAGGGGUGUGUGUAUGCCGUCUCUUACAAGGAGCAACGCAAGCUGCCUUCUAUCCCAGCAUUCACGCGAUGUUAGGCAAAUGGGCGCCGCUCAGUGAAAGAGGACGGCUCAGUACCUACGUAUACACAGGAUCACAAUUCGGGACUAUAAUUUCCUUCCAAGUGUCCGGUUUCUUCUGCGGCAGCCCCAUCUUUGGCUGGCCAUCUUCCUUCUGGCUUUGGGGAGGUCUGGCCUUAGUUUGCUUCUGCAUGCUAGCGCAGUUUGGCUCCGCCAGCCCUCAGCAGCACCCAACUAUCAGUACUGAGGAGCUGGCAUUUAUCAUGGGAGAUAGUGCUGCUGAUGCAGUUCCAAAGAAGCGGCCAACUCCUUGGAAGCAUAUCCUCACAAGCCCCGCGGUAUGGGCGCUCAUAACAGCUCACGCAGGUUCAGCUGUUGGUUACCUGUUCAUCCUCACCCAAUUGCCUCUCUAUAUGAACAAAGUCCUUGGCGUUGACAUCAAGAACAAUGGGUUGCUGUCAUCUUUACCAUAUAUUUCUAUGUACUUUAUGGCAAUAGCCUUCGGAAACCUCACAGAUUUCUUGAAGAAUCGAAACUAUAUGAGCCUUAUCAAUAUUAGAAGAUUUUCGAAUACAGUUGGUAUGGUCUUGUCUUCCAUAUUUUUGUUAUGGACGUGCUAUGUUAAUACGACUUGGUUGGCCGUCACCUUAUUGGUUAUCAGCAUGGGGCUGCAUUCUGGAGUUCAUACCGGGUUUCAUAUUAACCAGAUAGAUUUAGCGCCCAACUUCGCAGGUCCAAUGAUGGGGCUGGGCAACAUGGUCGCCAAUCUGUCAGGCCUCUCUAUCCCAUUCCUAGUUUCCAGCAUCGUGGGAGAUGAUGUGACAAAUCAUCAUAAGUGGCAGAUCACAUUCAUCGUUAUGGUGGUGCUGCAGGUCGUGACAAAUAUGGUCUUCGUCAUUUUUGCGAAGGCCGAUCUUCAGCAGUGGAAUUUUUAUGGCGACGAUGAAAAUGAAGGCAUCGAUUCUAAAGAGAUGUAUCUCAUUAAGAACAACACAGUCAUCAAGGCUUAGACGAGAACCUCAGGACUGAAGAUAAUCCUACGAAGAUUUUCAUUUCUUACAUUAGUCAUUGUAGAAAUCCAUAAAUUUUACUAUUCACAUGCAUAUUUAGACGAGGAUAGUUUACACAUUCAUUGCCACUAAGUUUUCGCCGUAUGGAGCGCGUAGUCGCUACGAACAGUGUACCCGACUGUCGGGUUCUUAGCCCUGAAUGUGUUAACCGGGUGGAAAAUGCAUGCAUCGAUCGGAUGUAAAUUUAGAUAUAAAAUAACUAUAAAAUUUCCUGAUAUACUCCAGCUUCCAGCUUCCAGUGCAUGCAUGUAUGUAAUGUAUUUCACUAGUACAUACAUAUAGUAUUUUGUAUUAUAAAUGCAAACAGUAACAUAUGGAGUAACAGAUAUGAGUUGAUAGUGUUUUAUUAUGUUGUCCCUGUCACACGAUAUAACGUAGGAGCACCAUUAGUAGUGUAGUAAUAUGAACAUUCCAACAACUUUAUACUAUAUCAUCUUUUGGCUAUGCUAGUUUUUAGUUAGUUGAUGUACCUAGUAAAUUAUGUUAUGUGUCUAACCUAGUCUUUAAAUAUGCCUAAGUGCUAAUUUACGCAUAUUUUUGAUGAUGACAAUGAUAUUAUAAAUAAUUACUUUAUGGUAGGUAACUCAUACAGAAAAAUAUAUUCUUAAGAUUAAAAUAAUAAUUAUAUAUACAUUAUUAAGAAUAUGUUUUUCAAACCUAGUACGUAUGAUAUUUUUUUUUAAGUUUUUUGUCUUGUUAUUAUUUAUGUCAUUAUUGUGUUUUAUACAUAGUUUUGUCCAGCGACAUUAUUUGUAUAAAGUCUCACGUGAUUUUGGCACGACU